UGUUAAUGCUUUUCAUAUUUCAGUGAAAAACAGAUGCUGAAUGUAUCAGACUCUGCAGAUUCUGUCACAACAAAUCCUCCUUUAAAAAAAAAUUCAGGGAAAAGAAAAACUUUGGAAUCUUUAUCUGAGUCAUUAGAUAUGUCUUCAUCAUCAGUAAAUUCUUUACAUAAUUUAGGUAGAAAAACAAAACAAAAAUAUGAAGAUGCUUCAAUAUCUCUUUCCUCCCAAAAUGGCAUUCAUGUGAAAGAUAAAGAAUUGAAAAAACAUCACAAACAGAAAAAAAUUACUAAUAAAAAUAGUGGAUCAGAUACGGACAUUCAGUCAAAUGAAUCUAGUAGUUCUAGUGAAAGUGGAGAAAAUUCCAGCAGUAGUGGGAGUGCUUCUGAUUCAAGUAAUAGUGAUACAAGUGAUGAUUGUGAAGAAGAAGAAUUGGAUGAGGAUGAGGAUGAUGAUGAGGAUGAUGAUGAAACAAGACGGAAAAAUUUGAAGGAAUUAAGAAAACAGCAGCAGGAAUUAAGAAAGAAAGUUCAAGAAUUAAAGCAGGCUUCUCAAGAAGCACAAGCACAUAAAGCUGAAAAUCAUGGAAAGAAAAAUCAUGGAAAUAAAGCUAAUUCAUUUGGAACAGGAAUGAAUACUAUGGUAACAUCUGAUGUUAUACCUAGUCCUGCUCAUUCAGCAUCAUCUGUUCUAUUUUCUGGUUCACCCUGUAAAGUAACGACAGGAAAUCAAGAAGCAGAGACAUCUGUAGUUCCUUUGGAUUUAUGUAUUAAAAAGCAAGAUUCACCAGCAGAUUCUACUAUUCCAGAAAAUGUAUUAUUUUCUUGUGCUCAUCUUAUGCCAUCUAAAUUGCAUUCAGUUACAUCAACACCAAUUAAUAUUCCAUUAGUUACUUCAUCGUAUUCAAAAGGACUUAAAAAAAAGAACCGUAAAUCCAAAAGCAUAUUACAAACAAGUUCCACUAACGCACAUUUAAUAAUGAAAGAGAAUGAAGUUUUUUGCAACAAAUCAAACCUGAAGAGUAAUCAUUCUCGGAAAAAAAGUUCUAAUAAAUCUAAAAAGAACGAUAAAAAAAUAGAUCUAGUGACCACUGUUAAAGAAGAAAAUAUACUAGAAUCUGGCUUAGAAAAUUCAGAUACUGAUGAUACAGAACAAUCAGCUACUGGUAGCAUAACUGGUAACAUUUAUGUAUCUUCAACAAACAGAGGUACAAAAAGACAGUUUCUGGAUGAGAUAGAUGGUCCACAAAAAAAGAAAAGAAUAUUACCAGAUGAAAAGGAUAUACGCAUUCCAUUAGAAUAUGGUUGGCGACGUCAGACAAAAAUACGAUGCUUUAGCCGAUCCGGUGUUAGAGGUGAAGUCACUUAUUUUGCACCGUGUGGAAAGAAACUUCGAAAUUAUCCAGAAGUAGUUAGGGUAUGUUAAAAUUUUUUAAUAUUAAUUUUACCUAAAUUAAUUUUGGUUGUUGUUCAAGGAAAAAUUAAUUUUUUUAACAUAUGGCUAUCCCUUGUAUA